CCCUCAUCUCGACGACCCGAUCCAGUCGGGGACAAUCGACAGGCGAGCGGAUUCAACUUGCCCUGACCAACGCAGGGGUGUAACAGGCCGUCAGUCUGCAUCAUCCCUCGACUGCAGAGCACGGUGCUGGAGCCGCACGAGCCGCAAUGGAGCAGAACAACAGGGCGAAUGGACCAACAGGCCGCGGACGAGGAGCCCGGGGCCGGCCCAGGGGAAGGAAUAUGUCGAUGGUUUUCAAUAACAGCAGCGGCAACAACACCAACAGCACUGGCACCGGCGACAACAGCAGCCGGGGUGCGCUGGCGUCGCCCGUCGUCUCUAACUCGGCCAGGACAAGUGAAAGCUCCGAUUCAUUCUACGGCUCCCAACGGGGCUCCAACUCCAGGUCUAGUUUCUCUCGAGGAUCGCCAGGACGAGGUGGAUUCGCGACGAACAGAACAAAGUGGUUCAACAACCAGCCAGCGAGCGAGUCCACAGCGCCGAGUCCAACGGUUGCCGCGGGCGAUAUGAUCGACGACGAGGACAGCGCGAUGAUCGAAACUCCAUCAUCAAGAUCGCUAGAGCCGCUACCGGAGCCGUUGGAUCGUUCUCUGGACCAGGAGGACUUUUCGUUUGGCUCGUCCGACUCGUCGGCGGCUCAGUGGUCAUCCAAAAGCACGGGGAUCUUGCGAAUGCGGAAGAACGUCAGGCCGGAGGAUCGAGUCGAGAGAUUUUCGUAUGUCCCUCCUGAUAACCGCUAUAUGGAGAUGAAAGACCAACGAGACGACCUGAUGAACAUGUAUGUCAAGCAGAAGAAGAUGGCCAUGCCGGGCCAGCAGUACAAUCUCGGUGAAGCCCCGCAGCUCGCUCCUGAGUGUCUGGAUAUGUGCCCCGAGUUCGAGCGGCAAGAGCGAGAAUAUUCCAAGAAGCUGGAUGAGUUUGAAAUCGACCCAGCCACCGGUCGAGCCGAUCCAAAGACAACCGUCAAGCGAUACAAGCGAUCUGCUGCCGGCGACCCUCCGCCCUUGCCCUGUGACGUCCGGCCGCCCCAUGUGCUGCUGGCGACACUUGACUUUUUGGUUUACGAAGUUCUGCCAGAGUAUGGUCUCGAUAAAGCCCACCCAUGGAUCCGCGACCGAACUCGUGCUAUCCGAACCGACUUUACAUAUAUCCAGUCUCGCGGCACGGAGUCGAUUGCCGCGCACGAACGAAUAGCUCGAUUCCACAUCAUGUCGCACCACGACCUAUCUGAGAUAGCGUCGUUCUCGGUCUCUCAAGAAUACGAACAGCUGUGUAAAACCCUGCAGAGUCUCAAGGAGCUCUAUUCCGAGUGCGCUCGCCAAGGGAUAUAUUCUCCAAACGAGGCCGAGUUCAUUGCAUACUACAUUCUUGCCCACGUCAAAAGUGUCAAGGCUACCGAGUUCGAAAAGUCUCUGCGUCGCGGAGUAUAUCUGGAUCCGCUUGUCCAGCGAGCACUUGAGCUGCAGUCUUACAUUGUCCGAUCCAAGGGCGAGGUCGCCAACUACUCGCGAUUCUUCCGCAAGAUUGCAAGUAGCCAAGUCAGCUAUCUGGAAGCAUGUCUGCUUCAUCGAGAGUUUAUCAGCGUUCGCACCGACGCCCUCCGAUCAAUGCAAAAAGUCUACAUGAGUCAGGCAGCGACCAACUCCAACGUGUUCCCCGUAUCGGAUCUGAUCCGUCAACUCGCCUUCAACGACGAUUCGGAGGUCAUCAAGUAUCUUGAGUACUUCCAGAUCCCGUUUGAGCAGGAUCCGACGCUGGGCUCAUAUCAAGUGAUAAUCGGCAAGACACGGCAGUAUGACGCCAGAGAAGAUAAGCACCGAGUCAUCGCUGGUCCCUUUUACGACAGGCACCGUGCAAGCCUCACUCCCGUUGUUUCUCAGGUGAUCCUGCACAAGCGCAAAGGCAUUUCAGAUGCAGAUAUCAUUGACGGACGGAGUCUGUUGCUUGUAAGGUCGCCACAGCGCCAGGCGAAACAGCCGGGUUUGAAUCGGCCAGACCAGUCGGCAAUCAGGCGACCACUACCUGCGCCUCCGGUCGAGCCUCGCACCACUUUCGGAGCAGCCGCUCUGUUUGCAGGAUCUCCGGUAGCUCCAAGGCCGAUCUUCGCCCCUUCAGAACCGGUAUCGAGGCCACCGCCAUCGAUGCUCAAGGCGCCGAGCGAGCCGGCUUCCCGGACUCCAGCCCCGUCGGCGCCCUUCUCGUUUGCAGCUGCGCCUACUACCACUGCCCCAUCUCGAUCACUGUGGUCCAAUACCCCGCUCGCUCCAGAGGCACCUGUUUCGGCACCAAGUCCGUUCUUCAAUAUCCCCAACGCUACCCCAUCCUUGGAUACGACUUUGCAAAGGCCACCAAUCGCCCAAACACCACACCUGCCUCUGGCAGCCCAGCAUGCCCCUGUCCUCCAGUUGCCAGUAUCCUUCCACCCCGUCUCGCCUGCAAAGUCCAUGACACCAACUGUUGCAACCCCUCGAUCAAUCGUACCCGAGUCCUUGGUUGCUUCGGUAUAUGAUGACCUGGUGAAGCAAGCGAUUCGGGAGAUUGCCGCCGAGGAGCUUGUGAGCCGACAUCGGUUCGCGAACGAGAUCUCCAUGGCGGUUUUAUCGGACGUUGCAGCUCAGGCUGUCGCCGACGUAGUUCGAGAAGUCGUAAUGGAGUGCGUAGUGGAAGCAGAGCUCCGAAGCUAUGCGUACGACAAUCUUGUCGACCAGUUCGCGCUCGAGUUUGUGCGAGAGAUUGUGCUCGAGCAAAUCGCCCAAGAGCAUCAUGCACGCCGACAGCGACAGCAAUUUUUCGCCCUCUGGGUGCAGCAAGUCGAAGUGAGCCGCCUUGACCGCCAGAGGCGACUGGCGUUGGAGCAAAAGCGAGCUGUCGAGCUCUAUCUCAACACCGUUGCCAUGCCGCCCAGUCUGGUUGGCAAUGGCGCUCGCAAGCGCACACUCCAUCCUGGGGGGCAGCGCAAACGUCCCAAGUGGGAAGAAUCUGAAGCUCUGAAUGAGGAGGAGGUUCUCAGCGGCAUUAUUCUGAGAGCCGCACAGCAGAGCGGUCGCUACUGGGACCCAAUUGACUUUCAGGUACUCUUCCGCGAGAUUCCGAUUCCCCACCAAAGUGCCGUCGAAUGUAUAUUUCACUGGAAGAUUGGAGUUUCGGUCGCAGGCUCGCCGGAUCUGUCGCCCUUGAACCAGUUUUGCUCAACAUGGCUGCGCUCCAAGUUCACGCCGACGGGCGUCACGCCCCACAUGGUCGUUCAGGCCGGCGCGCAAAAGAAUACCGUCAAAGAGCUGCUCCACUCGCGAUUCGCCCUCAAGAAGCCCGUUCGAGGUGGAAGCGUCUUCCAGCGGGUAGAACAGUGCGACGUGGUGGUCCAUCAAGUUGAAAUCCGAGAGCCCCGUCGAGCCGAUGCAAGCCCCAAGGUCAACUCCGAGAGUAUCCUCUCAGGUGUAUCAGCCUUGGUAUUCCAGUGCACCAUCAAGGACGGGAAUAGCGAUGUGGGAUCCUGGUGGAGAACGGAGCACGAGCGUCUCCUCUCGUUCUGCGACUGCGUUCCUCGCCACGCCAAGAUCCCACUGCUCAUUGUGUUUUGGUCCACUCCGGCAUUCAACAAGAACGAGUUUAUUGGAAAUGUCGCAGUCAAGGAGUCUCUCUCUCAGCUUUUUGGUGCAGGCCCCAUCGACUAUCUCGACAUCCUCGGGAUCGAUACAGAUGAGGCUGGCUUUGAUGUGGUCAAGUCAAGUGUCGGGCUCAAGCUCAAGCUGGGGAGCUUGGUCGAGCGAUAUCCCCCGGUCCAGCGGCUGAAGCAUGUGGUUGUAGAAGAUGUGGUGGACGCCAUAACAAACAAGUACUUUGAGUUUGCCGUCGGACACGUCGAUAAAAUAUGCAAUAAGCUUAGCUUUGAACUGUGCAGCGACGUUUACACCAUGACGUGCGACAUGCUCAUCGAGCUCAUGAACAACCAGUUCUCGGCCGUCGAACAGAUCCUCACCCAUCCUGUGCUUGAGACCAUCGCUUGGCCGGCGCGCGAGUUUGCUCAAAGACAAGACUCUGUGCCCCCAAUUGAGUGGAACUCUGACGCAGCGUUUGCACAUCUGCGAUCUGUCAUUGCCAAGUACCGGCUGCCCAGUCUGUCGUCGCUUGCACUGGGCACAGACAAGAGUGCCGAUGAUGAUGCUCGAUAUCAAGCCCUUUGGAAGCUCCAGUCUCGGUGGUUAACUUCGCUCGAAGGGUAUCCUGGCCUCUCUCUCGACAUGGUACAGCAACUCCGGGCACAGACCACCAGAAUUCUCACGGAAUCGACCGGCGCGCGAUGUGGUGAGUCGCAGUUUCGCAUUCCAGAUGCAUCGUCGGCGUUCGCCCAACUCAGCCGUCUUGUAGCAUCAGAUCCUGCCCUUCUACGACAGCUAAAGCAGCGACACGGCAUAUGAUGUGAUGUGACUAAUGUCAAUGACGCUCGCCACACCUUCAGCCAUCCUGAUCGGCAGCUUGAU